GCAGCCACCUUUGUGAAAUGAAUGACAGGCCAAAAAGGUAUCUUGGGAAAAAGAUGGAGGCUUUCUUAUUUUGAGAUACCGAUGUAAACUUUUCUAACUUUUGUGAUAUUUCGUUGAGUACCAGGAUCAAUAUUUAACUGCGAGGAAUAUAUCUUCUACCAGUGUUUUUAGAUUGAAUACAUAAAAACAUCAAGGAUAAUGUGGUAGAUUUCAUCAAGCGGUGAGUUAAUCUAAGGUGUAUGUGUGUGUUAUUUACAUCACAUACCUACUUUACAUGCACGAAUUCGUAAUGGAUGUAAAAAGAAAAGCUUGGAAUCUUCUUCUAGAAUUUUUACUUCUGCUUGGAACCUCAAAAUGUCACGAAUUUCGUAUAGCCUGGAUGGCUCCUACAAAGGAAUACCAUGGGGUCAGUGCCGCUACAAGUGUCGGGGGCCUGAAGAUCGCCCUAUAUGCAAUGCAGAAUGAAAAUGCCCCCUUGACCAACCACACAGUCAAGGUACAACAUUUUGACUCAGACUGUAACUCUAAAUCAGCGUUGGCGGCCGCUGUUGACGCUAAAGAGAAAUUCGAGCCUGACCUUUUCCUGGGACCCCCAUGCUCCGCAGCCAUGAAGGGUGUGGCCCAGUUGGCCUCCCACUGGAACAUCCCUGUGUUUGGCUGGGUGUCAAAUGAUGUAGAGUUCCAGAACAGAACGACCUACUCCACCUUAAUAAGACUUCUAGGACCACUCAACAGAUUCCGUAUCACCAUGAAGUACGUGUCAACUAUGUUCAAAUGGAAACGGUUCGCUAUAAUCCAUGAUGACCGCGACCCCUACAAAGCUGUAGCAGAGGCCAUCAAACUAAGUGAUAGCAACUACUUCAUCAACAGCACCCAUAUGGUCAAUACACAGAUGCAAGACAGCCAAGUUGCCAAGAUAUUCCACCAGGUCAGGAAAUACGCCAGAAUCAUCAUUUUUGCUGUGCCCUGGAUGGAGAUGAGAAAGUAUAUGUUGGUGGCCCAUCUUCAGGGUAUGACACACGGGGACUUUGCCUUCCUCUGUAUUCACGGAGACUUGUAUACAUGGGAUGUCAUUGAAAGAGACAUAACUUCAAAUCGAGGCUGGAAAAGGAACGACACACAUGACGAUGAUGCACGAGAAGCCUUUGAAUCAGUUAUCCAUAUAAGCAUGGAUACAUUGCCCCAAUCUAGAGCAAAGGAGUUUCAGGAGUUUGCAAUAAAGUACGCCCAUCAGCAGAGCCCAAAUUGGAUCAACCUACCUAAUGGCACCACGCCGGACGCCUACUCGCCCUAUUUGUAUGACGCUACUCUAGCCUGGGCGUUGCUGGUCGACAAAACUUUGUCUCAGAAUGAGGUUCCCAAUGGCAAUAAUCUCUUCAAAAGAUCGGUGGACUUCUAUGCGGAUGGAGUGACCGGGUAUAUCGUACUGGAUUCUAUAGGAGAUCGCUAUCUCAACUUCCGUAUGAUGGACAUGCAGAAGGAUGGAAUAUUCAAAACAAUCAUAGAGCUCCAGUACAACAAGACAAGCUUCGUGGCAAGAACCGCUGUAGAGGAUCCGGACCUCGUACGAUGGGGAGGUGGAAAGAAGGGGAUAAAGAAUGCCCCUCCAGAUGUCCCCAUCUGUGGCUUUGAUGGGGAGAAGUGCAGAGUAGCCGACAAUGACAAUAAAACCAUUAUAAUAGGAGCCGUGACUGUGGCGUCAUUCGUCUUGGUAGUCAUCAUCAUAUUCAGCAUCGUUCGCAGACGAUAUCGACGACAGAAGCUCUUGAAAAGCAUGUUAUGGCAAGUUCGUUUCGAGGAGAUAGAUUUCGUAACUGCAUUGUUGAACGUCAGUGUUCGUGCGAGUUUCAAGACACAGGGUAUGAGACGUACAAACACAAAGAAGAACCUUAUGAAGACCAAAUCGCUUGAGAGGAACAACCUAGCGUACAAAGGGUCCCCGGAUCAGUCGCCUCUCAACUACCACAAGCCAGAACACGGCACAACAAUGUUUGGAUCGGUCGCCUACAUCAGAGGUAGCUUAGUGUCAGUAAAGAGAAUGACUCGUAACAGUGUAAAUGUUACCAAAGAUGUUUUACAAGAGCUUAAUCACCUUAUGGAGCUGAAGCAUCAGAAUGUGUGCGCCUUCGUUGGUGCAUGUGUGGAUCCUGGAAGGAUUCUGCUAUUGUGGGAAUAUUGUCCAAAAGGAAGUUUGCAGGACGUGAUAUGGAACCAAAACAUUAAAUUGGAUAAGAUGUUCAUGUUUGCGUUGACACAGGAUAUCGCAAAGGGUCUGGAUUUCAUACACAAGUGUUCCAUACACUACCAUGGAAACCUGAAGAGUUCCAACUGUGUAGUUGAUAGUCGAUGGACGUGUAAACUGACCGACUUCGGCGUGCCCACUAUCAGGCUCAUGGACAAGUGUUCUGUCAGUGUUACAGACGAGGGAAGCAAUUCUAAAUUCUUGUGGACAUGUCCAGAGAUUUUGCGGUCCGAUAAAGUCUAUGACAAACAGAAGGCUGAUAUAUAUUCCCUUGGAAUCAUUAUCAAGGAAGUAUUCACCAGAUCAGGACCUUACACAGAAUAUCCAUUCCUUACCCCACACGAGAUCGUUAACAGAGUAAGAGACCGUGUUUCUCGGACCGCGCCAUUCAGACCAAUGAUUUCUGCGGAACUUCGAGAGAACCCGGACUUGCAAACACUUAUAGAGGAGUGCUGGAAUGAAGAUCCCAUUCUCAGACCUUCCGCUGCCAGAACUACGAAAGCACUCAACCGUAUAAGUCCAUCAAAAAAUAUGACUAUGAUCGACAGCAUGAUCGCAAUCCUUGAGAAAUACGCUAACCACCUUGAGGAGUUAGUAGCCGAAAGGACAAGCGAGCUGGACGCCGAGAAACAAAAGACGGAGAACCUCCUCUACAGGAUGUUGCCGCAAUCAGUAGCCGAAGACUUGAAAUUGGGAAAGACAGUGAAAGCAGAACAUUUUGAUGAGGCGACCAUUUAUUUUUCUGAUAUAGUAGGAUUUACAACGAUCUGUGGCAGCAGUACUCCAAUAGAGGUUGUCAAUCUGCUAAAUUGCCUAUACACGCUAUUUGACGACAUAAUUACUCGAUACGAUGUUUAUAAGGUGGAAACAAUUGGCGAUGCCUAUAUGUUGGCUAGCGGUCUACCAAAGAAGAACGGUGCCCGACACAUCCGGGAGAUUGCUGAUUGUGCACUAGACAUCCUAGCUUCUAUUACCACGUUCAGUAUUCCACAUCUAGAGGACAAAAAUCUCAGGAUAAGAGUAGGUAUCCAUUCAGGGCCAGUCGUGGCAGGAGUAGUGGGACUGGCCAUGCCAAGAUAUUGCCUGUUCGGCGACACGGUCAAUGUGGCGUCCCGAAUGGAGUCAACUGGACUACCAUUGAAGAUACACCUCAGUACAAUAUCCAAAGAAAAUUUGGAGAAGUUUUCUGGAUACCAUUUACAUUGCCGGGGUGAAAUAACUGUGAAAGGGAAAGGAAUAAUGAAAACCUAUUUCCUAGAAGGACGUGAAGGCUUUGAUAAGCCCUUGCCCGAGGUGUAUGACGGCAUGUCUGCCUCAUCAACAAGUGUUCCGUCCACACCGGCUACACCAAUGUCUCCGUUAGCACCUAUACCGGAAGUCGAUAUGAAACAAGCGACAGACGCAUGUCUACCAAUGAAAGAUUUCGUUACAAAAAUGUUAUCCGGCCCCAAAGGGGAUGGAGUUGUUUCACCUGAUGAAUUUAUAGCAAAUAUGCAUUCUGAUAUUGACAAUGAUGUCGUUUCACCAGAAAUGAUUGUGACAAAAAUGCUGUCAGAUCUGGACAAGCACUUGAUAUCUGCAGAGGAGUUCAUGACAAAUGUGUUGUCAACGACAGAACGGACUAAUGUCUCUCAUGAGCGUGAGGGUUUCGGGUUCACAGAAAUCGGUGAAACAGAUGACAUGUGUAAACAUUCAGAACCUGUCAAAAACUUUAUCACACAAACUACCCCAGAUCCUGACAAAGACAGCGUGUCACAAGUGUCGUCAAAUGAGGAGUAUGACUCCCUUAGCACUACGUGCUCUGUUGAUAGCCCUUAUAUAACACGUGACUUUCUCCGACACAUGCUUGACGAUCAUAGGGAUGAAAUUAAACGAGAAGCAAAGACGGUCGAAGAAAGUACGGCAUUAUGACGUCACCUUUCGAUUUAAGUGUAUUUUUCGUAAUUUGUUUUGUGUUAACAUGUGGAAUCUGAAGUCUGUAUUUGUGCAUUGUUCCCGAAAGUUUACAUUUUUGUUACACCAAAUUGCUGUUUAGCAAAUCACUUUGCUACCGGAUGAAUAUUGAGUUGAAAGUGUUACCAGAACUGCAUCUAGCAAUGAGUUGUAACUAAUCAUGUUUAACAUGAAAGGGGACUAAUCUUCAUUUCAUUAGUGCUUAUAGUUGAUGUUGUCAGCCGUUUACGUUUAAUGAAUGAGGCCAACAUCUAUCAUACCUACGGCUGUGGUUACAACUUAUCAUGAAAACAAUAGAGGGACUGAAAGAGGGGUUUUAUAGGAGCAGCACGGUCUAUUGUUAUUAAUAUUUUUGUUUUGUACUUUGUAAAACUGCUAAACCAAAGUCGCCAUAAAAUAUGUUUAUUACUAACAGCAUAUCACAGUGCCUUCGUGUUACAUUAUUUCUUUACAGAAAAUGUGCCAAAUAUCUAACUGUGUGAAAAAAUAAAUAUUUAUAUAAAGUGCCAGUGUAUUUAGAGACUAGAUUGACCCUUCAGAAUAUACCCUUUAUAUCCAUUGAUCCAUUUCUAUCCACAACAGUGAGUAGAGCGUAGAAUCCUAAUAAAUGAAAUAACACAAGAAAUUUAGAACUUAGUGAAACGUAUUCAUUUAACUUAGAUAUGUUAUCGACCUAACACAUCUAUCGGGUAUUCUUUUUAAAGCAUGGUCAUUGGAAUUACGUUCGGCAAACAUUUUCCUGAAUAAUGAGAUUCAAAAUACGGAAGUGAUUCAGUCAUUUAACGAGUAUAAAAUUAUUAUAUAGAAUCAUUUAUAUUAAGAAUAAUGAAGGUGAAACUCUUUGGGCGUUAUAAUACUGGUAGACACAAAUGUGUUGUAGUUUUGUGUGUGAAACAAUUGAACUUUUGUUAUGUUUUCCUACAUUUGAUUCGUCAGAUAUCGUAAGCACGUGACAUGCUCAGAAAGAUAUGUUAAUUGUCCCGUGUAACGUAUUCAUUCAACUACGUCUUAUAUACAUUAUGUGCAUGUAUAAAUGUUUCCUCAAUUGGUAAACAGACAAACAUGUCGCAUAUUUUUGCUUGAUAUUGUUAUCGAUGUGGAAAUAAAUUUUGUUACAAGCAUACA